AUGGCUGUUGAGUUAUGUCUAUCAUCUCGUUUAACAGAACUCCUAGGAGAUCGUUUGUUAUACGGUUCGGCGACAGUGGAGCUAAAUGAGUCGACGUUCAAUGGGUCUUUAAUCGCAUUGUAUUUCGUUCCAUUAAGCAGUGAAACUGUCGCAACCGACGAUCGGGCUCUACGUGAUCUAUAUAAAACUGUAAAUGAGAAUGAGAAGACACUAAAUAUUAUCCAGAUUUGUUAUCCAGACUUAGCUGAUGACCGCAAGUAUUUUGAUGAAUUGACCAAUGAUGUUCCAUGGCAUUCAGUUCCUUACGAAUACGCAGAAAAGAGAAUUCGUUUGAGACACAAAUAUCGUGUUGGGAAUGCAGAAACGUUGUUAAUUCUGAAUGAUAGCUAUUUGGAAAAAGUUCAUACUCGAAAUGGUCUUAAACUUUUAUCGUGUAGUGGAAAAAGUUUUCCAUGGACGAACUUAUGGAAUGAAAAAAUUUGUCAAGAAGCCUUAAAACUCUCCUCAAAUGAAUCCAAUGAAACAAUAUAUGGUCUAUAUUUUUCCGCGCAUUGGUGUCCACCAUGCAAAGCAUUUAUUCCACAACUCAUUCAUGCUUACGAUAGUAUAAGAAAAAGAAUACAGUUCGAGAUAAUUUUUGUCAGUUCUGACAGAAGUGAACAGUCUUAUAAUUCUCAUGCGUCGUCAAUGCCUUGGCCUUCUGUUCCAUAUUCAAAUACUACUUUACGACAAAACCUAACUGAAUGUUUUAAUGUUCUUGGUAUUCCUUACCUAGUAUUAAUUGAUAACAAUGGAAAUAUCAUCACAGAAAAUGGCCGUGCGGAAAUUACGGAAGACCCUGAUGGAGUGUAUUUUCCAUGGAGAAGACGAUUCGUUUAUUCGCUUUCUUCGAGACUACUACCAAAACUUCAGAGUUACCCAGCUGUUGUGUUAUUCAUUGAAGGAGACCAAGAAGAAGAAUUAGAGUUGGCUGAAGGUGUUUUGUUGCCUGUAGCACAACAAGUUGCAAAGACCCGGUCAAAUGCAUUAUAUGAUCUCUUAUUUUUUAUAGCUCCCGACGAUUGCACAUCAGAUACUUUAAGACAAUUUACGAGAUUGACUGAUGACACAGCUCCAUUGUUGACCCUAAUAGAUAUACCAAUGGCAAGGAUUUCAGUAAUGGAAUACGGAAUUCAUAUUACAGAAAAAUCUAUAAUGAAUUUCGUUCUGGGAUUUUUUGAUGGAACAAUGAAAUUUACACCUAUUCUUUAA